AGUCCGUUGAGACGGAAGCGAAAUCGGUUAAUUAAACGAAGUUGCAUGAAUCAAAAUGUUUGCACGCCAGCAAAUAAUCUUAAUAUUUACGGAUCUGAUUGUAAUGCAAAUACUGCAAUCUUUGGAAGCGUCGGUUAUACGGAGACAUAUUCCAUUUCUAUAAAACCUCCCGAUGUUCUUGUCUGCUGCGAAGGAAAAGGUUACGACGAUCAAAAUCAAUCACAGUGGUAUAAUUUGGGUCGCGAUGUUAGUAGUAGUGGGAUGUUCGUAAAAUCUGUACCAUGGGGCAACAAUGCAGCUGUUCCUGCUAUUCACUGUAUAACCAGUACCCCUGGAACAGUUGUAACCUUUUCGUUUACAUGUUAA